AUGGCACUAUGUGAGGUGUAUGAUCCGGAAACAUGUGUCUUCAAAAUUGGCGAAAAUAAUGUUUAUUUUGGCCUACAAGACGUCCUAAUGUUAACUGGUUUACCAAUUGAUGGUAAACCAUUGGUUUUGCAGAACAAAGCGGUUGAUGUUGAAGAAUGUCUCACAUUAGUUGGGGUGACACCUGGCACAGGUACUAAAAAACACGACUUUAAACUUUCUGAUUUGGUCACCAUCAUCAACGGACUAGAUAAUAACCCAGACGAUGCAUCUCUCGACAAGGCUUGUCGAGCCACGGCCUUACUUGGCAUAGCUUGUAUGGUCGAUAAUAACUGUCGCACGGCCAUAAGCACAAAGUAUCUAAACCUUAUCAGAAACGUGGAUGAUAUCAAAACAUUUGCAUGGGGAGCUGCGAGUUGGGUCAAUCUACACUCAAGUCUUAGAACAUUUAAAGAAGAUGUAACUAAAGUUGGAAUUUCCGGUUGCAGUUUUGCCUUGAUGGUCGGUAAUAAUUUCCGGUAUUUGCUUUUGUCCGCAUACCUCAAAUUGUUCCUUUUUGUUAUAAAUGGAGUAUAA